AAUAUUUUAAUUUGUUAUAGACAAUGAAAGUUUUGCAGAGAACAUCUUCUAUAUGGGCCCGGCCUUCCUAUAUUUUAACGGGAAUAAGGGCAGAAACUACACGCGCCCGGGCUGUCCAUUCCUCAACUUUUAAGUCUGCCGUAGCGCAUCCGAUAAAUGUUCACGGGCCUCCCCCAAAAGCUCCAGUCCCGUCACCGGAGUAUAAUGAACGGAUUGAACGACGCAGGAAACAAUCGGAAUUGUUAAGACAAGACAAGGAUACAUCAGCGGCGAAAGGAGGAGCAGCAGGUCCUCUGCGAAAACGGUUCUGGAAAGAUGUCCACGUGAAAGAAGCAGCCGAGGGUUACCAGGUCCUUUUAGAUUCUCGACCGAUACGUACCCCGGCCAAAACUAUCCUGAAUAUACCACGUUCGAAACCUCAUCUUGCACAUGCGAUAGCGCUCGAAUGGGACCAACUCGUGUCGGCUCAACAAGCUCUGAGACAUCACUUAAUCCCCUUGACUUCUCUCACUGCACGAGCUGAAGACAUUGUUCAACAGGACUCACGGGGCGAGAGUACUAUCCGAAACGAGAUUAUGCGAACAUUGAUGAGAUACCUUGACACCGAUACCCUUCUGAGCUGGGCACCGCAGAAAGGGCCCUACGACAUUGACAGCACAGAGGGAGCUGAAGAAGCUCCUAGAUCGCUCCGAGAUUUACAGAUCCGCACCGCUCAGCCGAUCAUCGGAUUUUUAACAACCGUCGUAUGGCCAGGGAUUGAAAUCAAACCCGUUCUCGAAGAGGAUAGCAUCCUGCCAGUUUCCCAACCCCAGAUGACGAAGGAGGUGAUUCGCGGAUGGAUCACCGGCCUUCCGGCAUAUGAAUUGGCGGGUUUAGAGAGAGCUGUCCUUGCCAGCAAGAGUUUGCUAAUCGGGGUGCGGCUCGUUGUCGAAUGGAGCGAGCAUUUCCGCGAUCUCCAGCCGGGGGGAAGGAGAACCUUUGGCAUUGAGAAAGCCGCCGAGGUAUCGAGUCUCGAGGUUAAAUGGCAGACCGAGCAAUGGGGGGAAGUUGAAGAUACACACGACGUGGAGAAGGAGGAUUUGAGGAGGCAGCUUGGGAGCGCUGUUCUCUUGGUGAGUGGGGAGCGGAGGUGAAAGUUCGCGAGAACCGGAAAAGGCGCCCUGCAAGUCAAACGUUUCCCUCACGGCCCUGUCGACAACACGAAAUAAACGCGGCCAUCUUCUAUUCUUGACUGUGUGUAAAUAAAUCCUGAUUCAAACUCGUGGAUUUUACAUUGAUUAGGCAUGAUUAUGCGGGCACAGUGCUUGUCGGCAACUACGAGUGCUCUGUAUAUUUCGUAGUUAAUGUGUAGUUCAAUCGCAUAGUUAACCAUCGAGAUCGGAGGACCAAAUGGGACGGCAUACUCCGAAG